CAGGGAGUGUCUGUGGCGCACCACAAAGCCCGCAAAGCUUGAGAGGAAUUCCGUCCGUUCUGAGCCAACUCCUUGUGACCUGGAUGUCCGUCGCCGCCGUUGUGCCAUCCACAUUGCGGUCCUGUCAAUCCAUCCACCUUCUAUUGCAUGACCAAAUCUUACUGCUUUCGUUUCUCUUCACUCUGCAUCUGCUGCUCUUUCUGGCUCGCUACCUCUCUCCCCCCCCUCUCUCCCUCUCACUCUCUUUCUCCCUCCCUCUCUCUUUCUCUCGCCACGUUGUACUCCUCUCGGCUGUGUACUUCCUCUGCGACUUUCACACCGUCUGGCGGGGACUGCGAUUUUGUGUUGCAGCGUCCGGGCGGUAGCAUAACUGGUUUCUGCUGCACAAUGCUGCUGACCGUCUGUCCAGGAGUGCUGUAGGCUUUUCAAGUGGACAGGGGAGCAGUGCGCAUUGGAUGCAGUCUAGGGAGGGUUUCCCUGGAAUGGGUAAAUUGGUCAAGGAGGUGAGCGUGGAAAGCGAUGGUGACGACGGCCAUCGUCUCAAGAAAUCCUCCAGGCGAAAAAAACCCAUGAGGAGAAAGGAAUCUUCUAAGCACAAAUCUAGUAGUAGCAGCAGUAGCAGCAGCAGCAGCUCAAGUAGUUCAGAUUCAAGUGACACGAACUCAGACGUCGAUCGUGAAGGGGCUCGAUCUCACAGGGAGGGAGAGGAAGUUGUUUCAGAGUAUAGAAGUGGAUCUCACAACGACGUGGAGAUGGAGAAGUUCAUUGAAGAGGUGAGCGUGCCAGAAAUGAUGUAUGCGGAACCAGCGAGGGUCAAUGGUGGUGGCGAUACUGGUAGUGAAAUGCCUGUCCAUCAAGUUUCUGGAGUAGCUGAAGAGGGAGCACUGGCGGAGGAAGCGAUGUCACCCGAAGAGAUUGAAAGCGAGGAAAUGAAGUCUCCCGAGGAGAUUGGUAAGGGGGAAGUGAAGUCGACCGAGGGGAUCGAGAAUGGGGGAAAUGUGUCGCCCGGAGAGAAUGAAAACGAGGAAGAGAAGAUGUCUGAAGAGAUUGAAAACGGGGACGAGAAGUCGCUCGAGGAGAUUGAGAAUAGAGAAGAGAAAAUGUCUGAAGAGACCGAAAAGGAGGAAAUAUCUGUCGAUCUUGUGAUGGAGGAGGAAAGGACCGGCGAAGAGAGUGGAGGAAACGCCGCAGCUGCCACUGGAGAAGACUUGAUGGACAGCUCAAAAGGGUUUGAUAACAAGGGAUAUAAUGUAGUUAUUUCAGAGACGGAGAGCGGAAUUCAUGGACAGGAUGAAUGUGAUGUCACCGGCAUUUCAGAAAAUAACGUGAAUUCCGGGUCUGCCGAAGAGUUUGCAUCCCUAGAGCCUGCGGAAGGAGCUGAAAAUGAAGGAUUUUCCACAUCAGAACCUGCACAGGAUGCUGAGAAUCCAGAGGCUGUGGUUGUAAAGAGCUCAGAAUCAGAAUUUGGUGAUGAGGCCGUGGAAUCAGAACCUGUUAGAGAGGCAGUGGACCCAAAGCCUACUGAAGAUGUUGAGGAUUCAACGCCUUUGAGAGAGUCUGUGGAGGAUGUAGUCGCAGAUAUUAAGCUUCCUAGUCUUGAAUAUGAGGCUCCUUCUGAACUUAUUGUAGGUAUAGAGACUAUAGAAGUUGGGCCUACAGUGAAUGAGAGUGAAAGGGAAUUGAAAAUGUCGUCUGAGUCGAAAGGUGGAACGGAUCGAUCGAUUGACUCUGAGGUCAUUAAUAAUUUGAACGCUACACCCUCGAGUACUGAGAUUGAAGGCACAAGCGGGCAUGAUGAUCGUGAUGGUAGCAAAGAUGCUCGUGAGACCCGCCGGAACCUCAGCGUAGAGUUGCUAUCGCCCAUGGAUGUACAGAAAAGAUUCUUAAGCCGGGCCGUCACACCAUCGCCGAAGAGAGAAGGCAGUCAGGUGUAUAACAUUGUGAUGGCACUUGAAGGCUUGCAAAUUGGUGAGAAGUGCAUUCACGGCGAGAUUGACCACGGCCUUUGUCAUGCAAGGCAAGGAGACCGCAAAACAUCUUUCUCACACUCCUCUUCACCGUCGACAUGGCUGCAGCAGGAAACAUCCAUUUCUCCGAAGAGGGAGGAUACUGUUAAUGCCCCUGACCUGAAGAGUCGCGUAGAAGCAACUGUACGUGAUGGAGAGAAGACGGAAGUACACAAUCACAUGAGCUUUGUUCAGCACGAUGCUCAGUCGGGACAGACUAUACACAAAACGUACACAACAACAACUGAAACCUACACUGAUACUGUCAUAUUCCGACAAGAGGACGGGUUUUUGCCACGCACUCCGGGCAAGAGCUCGUUAUCAAAAUCUCAGUCCAUGGGAGCUGUUUCCAACCAGGUCUAUUCCUCUGAAUCCAGCACCCCUACACUCAAAAUUGUCCAUGAAUUUCCGGGGGAACUGAAUGGUGGUGAAUCGCAUGCGGGUGCGAGCACCUCAACAAGGGCAAUUGAAGGUGAAUCCGAGGUAGAGAGAAUCCUGCGACUGCAGGAAACGCACGACCUUGUGUGUCCUGUGUGCAGAUCUUGCAUUACAAAGCGAGUCAUCCUUCGAAAGCGGAAGAGAACUACCGUCAUAUCAAGUGUCGACAAGUGGGAGACAGAAGUUCAAACCGAAGAGGAAAACUCUGAAGUGCAGGCUCGUGAUACCAUCGGCGACAAUGCUGAAGGGACCAUCGUGGAAAAAUAUGAAGAUUACGGAUGCUUGGCUUGCUUCACCUUUCUAUUUCGCAGAGAAAGAAGUGUGCAACGCACUGAAGCUGUCGCAGCACUGGGCGCUGGAGAAGCGUCAGCACCUGUUUCAGUUUUAUCCAGUUCGCAGAGAGAUACAUCAAAUCAGAGUGUAGUCCAAUCUCCUGCGGAAGUUGCAGAGUUGCCCCCUACCGUCACUAACGAAGACUAUGAUAAUCGCUGUCUGCCAAUUUUCUUCACUUGGAGACGGAAGGCGAUUCAUCCGAUUGACUCGGAGGUGGUGGCUCCUCCUCUAGGUGAACAAGAAAGAGAGGCGAUCGUUGGAGACUCGCCCGUCGAGGAUUUUGCGACUCAGUCUAAAGAUGUGUCAGGUGAAGAACUUCAGGCUCCUGCAUCCGAACAACGCCCGGCUUCCGGCAGUGAGGAACGGGCAGGCUCUGAAGUCGAACAACCACCAGCUUUUGAAGCCGAGAAACAGCCAGUCUCUGAGAUCGAGCAACAUCCAGCCUCUGAGAUAGUCGUUCUACCCGUUGCACCCGCGAGAGAAGUUCAAAUUCCUGUGGUGGUAAUGGAAUCCCGAGAGGAUCGUCUUUGUUUUCCAUUUUUAUGGAGAAGAGCCUCCAGAACCACACAAGUACAAUCAGAACUUUCUCAACCUUUGCUGACGAAGGACAAUAUUUAUGAAGAACAUGAAAGCACGGAGCGUCGAAGUGAGGACAGUAUCAACAAAGUCAAAGAGAAAAUUCAAUCAACUGAAGAUUUCUCCAACAUUGGAGAUGACUUGUGGAUGUGCCCAGAACAGGUUCCACUAUCCGUAGCUCCUCAGGAAGAGCCACCCACUCCGGGAUUUUCUCGUACCACUGAUUCUCCAGAAGCCGCACCAGAGCCAGAUAUGACUGUUAAAGCAAUACGUAUUACCGAAGCAGAGCGCAGAGCUGAUUGUCUAUGUUUUCCUUCAUGGCGAUCAUCUGAGACGGUUUCGGAAGAAAUAGAGGUCACUCCACCAGAGAUCAACCGAGUUUCGGAUGCCUUGGAGGUAGCGAUAUCAUCUGUGGCGUCUAGCCCCAAAGUUGAUGGGCAGAUUCAAGAAUCCACCUCAACUCUAGCGGUAGUGCCACCUAUUGCAUCUGGCACUGAUAAUAUAGAAAUCUCUGAAAUCACCUCCUCUGUGAAGGAAGUAAUGUCACCUUCAGCUUCUGGCAGUGAAGGUCGUGAGACUAUUCAACCCUCUCCCUCUUUGAAGGAAGCUUUGUUGCCGGUGGCAUUUGUUACUGAAGAGCACGAGGUUCGGAGAGCGACCCUCAAUUGUAUGGAUAUUCUUCUUCCUGCUUACCCUUGGGGUCCUCCGGGAGCGGGCCGUAAGAAAGAGAGACAAGACGAACAAGGUAGCAGUACUUCUACCACGUUCGAGUUUAACACGGUGACCCAAAUUGUCGGCGAAGGUGUUGGUGUGGCAUUAGAGCAAUCUGUUACUGACAGCUUAAAAGAGCCCGAAGCUCCACCGCCGAAACUACUGGUAGAGAUCGCUCCUCCACAAACCACUUCUAUAUCUCAAUCAGAGAAAGCAGAAGAGAUUGUUUUACCCGAACAAACCAUCAUAAAAGGAACCGAUUUCAAAGUCCUAGACGAAUUAUCUGAGAAUGAAAUAAGCAUGAUGAGAAGAGAGGAUUCCAGAUGCUUUCCUCUCUUACUACCAGCUAUUUCUUGGAGGAGAUCUGACCUGACGAAUGAAGGGACUGCAGAUUUGUCUCAUAAGGUUAAAACUGCAGAAAUCGAGUCAUCUUUGGCCUCGGAAACCACGUCUCAUGGAACUAUAGAAACAACUUCUCAGCGAGGUAAAGAAGUCGAGAAAACAGAUAUUAAAACACUUCGCGAUGAAGGUCAGCAUAUGGAAGGGGAUUUCAGUGAUUCUGAAACAGUGGACCAAGAGGAGGUUCCUUUAAUACGAAAGCCUACUUCUUCAAAAGUACCAACUCCCAGCGAAGUGGAGUCUUUGCCAGUAGAUGUUGAUCAGGGAUUCAUUGCAUCUUCGGUGAUAGAGGAUAUCAGCCAUCCUGAAGUGCAACAAAGAGAUUUCAGUUUCACCGAAGAAAUUUCUGAACAUGAUAACUUGCCGCAUUUGCCACCUGUUCAUGAGGCAUUUGAAGAAGAAACCAGGGAGAGGGCAACCUGGACCUGCUGCGUUCCAGGAAGUUGCCUGCCUUCGUACUCACAGCUUGCCUACCAAACAAACGAUAGAGCCGUAGAGAGACAACCUCUUCUUGAGUCGUCUGAUGAAGUUCCUACAGCUUCUAACUUGGAUGCUUUCGAGGAGACGCACUCAGGAUUUCGUGAGGAGGUGACGAAGCAUACUACAAUUGACGCGCGUGUCGUAACUGAAACGGUUACUACUACAUUUUCGGAUCAGACCGAUGAGCAGCAUGGAGACACCAUACGGUCGGUUAAUGUUGAUACCUCAGUUAGCUAUGUCCAUGCUUUUGUGGAACAGGAUGGUGCAGUGAAAGAAGCGCCACAUGUUGAUGAUUAUCCCACCUUCAGUCGAACAUCCGUUGAAGAAGAAUCUUCUGCCUCUGAGUCAAAAGAUAGCACACAUGCGUUGGAAAUUCAAUUUUCUACUGGGUAUGCAGCCCUUGCUGGUUUGUCAGAAGGCGUAGAAAAUGCUGGUAUGAAAGACAUUCUGCCAUCGGGGAUCGAGAAAAAUUUCAAUCUAGAGCUCCGAGCAUCUGAACUUGCUACAGAGGAUGAGCAGCCCGCCCAAGUGUCUGAUCCAAUUCAACUAGAUACUGGUGGAGAGAUCAGUCCAGCUGCUUAUGUUGUGCAAGCUCAGCAGCCCGUUCCAGUUCAAGAUGCCGACGCAUCCUGUUGUCUCCCCAACUCUAAGUGGCUUUGGGGUAGAUGGAAACCUACUAUCGAAGAGGCAGAACUGCGAAUUCCACUUCUCGGAAGUGACUCAGAACAAAUGCAACAGCAGAGCCACCAUCUUGACACUGAUUCUGAAGCAGAUUCCAAACAUUCAUCCGCUCAUGUAACUAUUGAACAAACCCAUGAAGUUACCACAACGACGACAACUUCUACGGAAGUUGCUGGCGAGGAUGCUGAAGUGGACCACUCAUUGUGUAGCUGUUUCCCAUGGAGGGGCCGAUAUGACCGAGAAUUGGCUACUACAGAAACGACAGUAACUGUGGAAACCGAUCACGCGGUCAUUGACCUUGAUGGCACUGAUGCUGCAAGUACACUUUUAGCUGCUACACGCGCAGCUGAGGAUGCUGGACUGAUGGAUGAAUCACGCUACCAGGAUCCUGAAUAUCUGAAAAGUAUUGUUUAUGGUGGGCUUGACGUAUCGUUGACAAGUCUCGGAGUUAUUGCUUCUGGUGCUGGCGGUGACGCCAAGACAAGGAACAUUCUCGCCCUGGGACUUGCCAAUUUGUUUUUUGGUUUCCUGACGUUUUUCUACAAGAUCCAAGAUUUACAUAAGGAUAGUCCAGCUCGCUUUCAAGAGAGCGUUGGGCCAAGGUUUUUGGUGAAUGGCCCGUUGGCCAUUCUCUCAUUCCUGGUGUUCGGGUCUCUUCCAGUUCUUGCUUUUGGAUUCAGUUUCCGACAGUCCAAUGACCAUGAUUAUAAGAUGGCGGUAACUGUGAUUGUCUCUACCAUAGCCAUAGCUUUACUCGGAUGUGGAAAGGUUGCUGCUAAAAUGACGGUGUUAUCGUACCAGCGAACUGUGUCUACCUUGAUCGUCACUGGUGUAGUCGCAGCCGUUUCUUGUUUCUACGCUGGAGAGUACAUCUCACAUUUACUACAGAAAUAUGGUAUUUUAGAUGAGUGAGAAAGUACGAAGAUCUUGGCAUUAUUAUACUUGUAGUGCUCAUUCCAGUUUGGUACUUGUUUUCUCCAUGAAAGUGAGACCAUUAGCCAGUCCUUAAUUAUAAAAUGCAGAUUUGGUGCAUUUGAUUGUGUUGAUUAAGUAUACUGCCAUUCCAACAAUGGAGGUACAGAUUGAUGUCUUUGUACAUGAGAAUAAUAUAAGGUUGCGAUUUUGACCAUCGUAAUUUCCAGUUCCUUGCAAACGGAA